CUACCGGAUGUGACGUGACGUUUGACCUUCCCUGUAGUUCCAGCCCCGGUUGACAUGAUCUGUGUCGGGGGCCAGCGCGGCGCACGGCGAGCUCCAUCCCGACAGCAACGUCAACUGCUAAUAGUUAUCUAUUGAAUGUCGUCGCCGCACAGGGUGCUGCCUGAGUCAACCGAGGGAACAAUGGUGAAAUAUUUCUGCUGCGCAGGUUUACUCAAAAGCACCUGGGACCAAGUGUGCAUUGCUUUCUGGCAACGGUAUCCCAACCCCUUCAGUAACCAUGUUUUGACUGAGGACAUAAUAUUCCGAGAGGUUACACCAACCAACUGCCUGAUUUCUAGGCGUCUGUUGACCAAAGUUAGCCGAGCGCCUCGCUGGAUGGAACGGUACCUUCCGAAGCACAUGGCCAGCUCGGCGUACAUCAUCGAGGACUCCAUUGUGGACCCCCAGAAAAGGACCAUGACCACACUCACAUGGAACAUCAGCCAUGCUCGCCUCUUGUCUGUGGAGGAGCGGUGCGAGUACCAAAUUAACCCUGAGAACAGCAGCUGGACAGAGAUGAAAAGAGAAGCUUGGAUCUCUUCUAAUGUCUAUGGGCUCUCAAGAGCUAUUCAGGAAUUUGGCCUCGCAAGGUUUAAGACUAGUGUUACAAAGACCAUGAAGGGGUUUGAAUAUGUGCUGGCCAAAAUGCAAGGUGAAACUCCAUCAAGAACCUUGGCAGAAACGGCUACAGAGCGAGCUAGAGAGACGGCGCUGGCAGCUAAGGAGAAAGCCAAAGACUUCGCCUCACACGCCCAGAAGAAACAAUAUGUGUGACGAGCUACUUGAAUCCCUGGUUGUGCAGCCACCGACACUGGGACAGAUUUAUCUUUACCCCCCCUCUCAUUGUUCAGGUCAAGCAUCAGGGUAAGACAGACUGAUCCCGGUCAUGGGUAGACACCUCUGUGAGGAAGCAUCCAAAUUAAAUGGUGGGUGGACCAUAAAAGGACUGAGCUGGGUUCAAGAGCCUGUUCCCGCUUCCCCGGCCGUGCCAUGUUGUACCUUUUCCAUACCAGAUCAUCUCACUAUUUACCAGAGAUGGAGAUCUUAGAAAGGAAUGGUGGAAUAUGGCUCUGGUUGCCGUAACAAUGAGGAUAGCACUUUGCCAACCCCGAUACUGUUCCUUAGACCUUGGCUCAACCUCUGUGCCCGUCGCCGUUAAAGUUUUACUCUGUUCUUUUAAGAGUCUCAUAUUGUUUUGUAAUGAGGUGUCACAUUAUUAUCAGCUUCCUGUCCAAGAAGCGAAGAUUGACAUGUCACCGAAUGUCUGAUUAAUGCAAAUUUGUGAUUUACCUAAGUUGUUCAGUUGCAAUCAUGUUAUGUUUUAGUUUAGUUCAACCACCCACCUCAACCAUAAUACCAAGGCUUACGGCUUCGGGUUGAAGUUCAUUGACUGAAGAAGAGUUCAUAUUGUUGGCAGUCAUCGCUCGAUAAGAAACACUUGGCACUAGUGAUAUUGUGGUAAGAUCUGGUUGCAGUGGUUACCUGCAUCUUCAAUUCAACAUGUGUACAAAGACAAAAAUUAUGCUUUUAUUUGUACAUUCAGCUUAGAUCUGAUGAUACAACCCAUGCAACAGUUUUUUCUCAUUGUACCAAUUAAAUAUCAACUUGUCAAUAAAUUGAGUUAAUUUCUAA